AUGGGUGGUUUCGUCUCGAUCGGUGGAGCAAUGACCAUCAAUGAUGGUGAUGUCCAAGGAAAGGCAGCUGCUACUGCAACUGUCUUCUCGUCCACUAUUGUAGGUUCCUUCGAUGCGGCGGCUGCAGCCUUGAGUGGAGCAACGCAGGCAAUAUUCCCGGACAGCGGUAAGGACGAGGUCACACUGUUCCUCCUCACCUCUUCCAGCUUUGACUUCAAAAGCUUUGUGAGUUCUUGA